AUGAUGACGAAACGGUUGGAGGGUAAGGUUGCAUUAAUAACAGGUGCAGCGAGUGGAAUUGGCGAAGAGACGGUGAAAUUAUUCGUGGAAAAUGGAGCAUAUGUUAUUGCAGCAGAUAUUCAAGAUGAAUUAGGUCAACAAGUUGCAGAUUCAAUAGGUUCAGAGAAAGUAACAUAUCAUCAUUGUGAUGUGAGAGACGAAAAACAGGUUGAAGAAACGGUUAACUUCGCGUUGGAAAGACACGGUCGCGUUGAUGUUUUGUUCAGUAAUGCAGGAAUAAUAGGAUCUUUAUCGGGAAUACUCGAGCUGGAUCUGGACGAGUUUGAGAAAACUAUGGCUACAAAUGUUGUUGGAACAGCUGCUAUGAUGAAGCAUUCGGCGCGUGCCAUGGUUGAGAAGAAGAUUCGCGGGUCGAUUAUAUGUACUACUAGUGUUUCUGCUUCUGUUGGUGGAACAGGUCCUAAUGGUUACACUACAUCAAAACAUGCUGUUUUAGGACUUGUGAAAUCGGCUUGUAGUGAACUUGGUGGUUAUGGAAUUAGGGUUAAUAGUAUUUCUCCUUAUGGAAUUGCGACGCCUCUUUCGUGUCGAGCUUACAAUCUUGAACCACAUGAAGUUGAAGCUAGUACAUACUCUAAUGCUAAUUUGAAGGGUGUUGUUUUGAAGGCUAAGCAUAUUGCUGAAGCAGCUUUGUUUCUUGCUUCUGAUGAAGCUGUUUAUAUCAGUGGCCAUAACUUGGUUGUUGAUGGUGGCAUAUCGGUCAUUCGUAAUACUACGUCAGAGCAUGUUUGA